ACCUAUCCUUACCGUUAUUCACCGGCUACUUCAUUUCCCCAACAAAUUAUCCCCUUUUUUCUUCUUCCAAUUUCUCCAUCAAACAUUGCAAGAAUCAAAAACCCAUUGAAGAAUUUACCACUUUCAAACUUUUCCUAAAAACAAUCUUUAACAUUAAUUUCUGUAUUUCUUGAUCUGAUUUUUCAAAUUUAGCACUCUAAAUUUGGAAAUAACCCUAAAUCUGAUCAAUUCUUUCUAUUCUUGGUAUAAAAGAUGGCAACUUUAGCACCUGGGGUUCUAGUAAAACUUCUUGAUGGAAUGAAAAAAGGGGUAAAACCCACUGGAGAACACAGGAGUUCACUUCUUCAAGUAACUGACAUAGUCCCUGCUGAGCUUGAUGAAAAAAAUCUAUGGCCUAAACAUGGAUUUUACAUCAAAGUUUCAGAUUCUUCUCACUCAAUUUAUGUUAGUCUUCCUUAUGAACAAGAUGAUCUUGUUUUAAGCAAUAAAAUGCAACUUGGGCAGUUCAUUUAUGUUGAUAAAUUGGAGCCUGGAUCACCUGUUCCAAUUGCAAAAGGCACUAAACCCAUACCCGGUAGACACCCUUUUAUGGGUACUCCAGAACCAUUAAUGGGUUUAAGAGGAAAGAAAGAAAAGAUUGAUCAAAAGGUUUUAAAUGGAACUCCUAGAAGAGGGUCUUGGGAAUUGAAUCAAAGUACUGAAAUUAAUGGGAUAAUUAGUUCUCCUACAGUAAAAUUAAAGCCUGUUCCUUUAGAUUUUGAUCAAUGUACACCAUUAAAAGAAAAGGGUAGCUCAGUAAAGUUUCUUCCUCCUUCAAUGUCUCCAAUGGUGAGAUCAGUUAAGGGUGUAAAAGAUAAUGGAAAUUCAGCAAUUAGGGCUUCUGUUGGUGGUUCUUUGUUGUUUUCAAGGGUGGAAAAUAAGGGUGAAAGUCCUGGAUUGGUUAGGAAAAGUUGUGUAACUCCUACAAUGUUGAAGUUUCCAAGGAGUAAAAGUGUUUCUGAAAGAGGACCUAGAGUUAUUACCACUCCUUUAAAUGCAUCUGACAAGAAAAGUGCAACACCUCCUCCAAGUCUAAAAAGAGAUCGGGGUUGUGUGAAUUUAGCAGCAAAUGUGCAGAAUUCAGCAAAUUCAAAGGCAACUCCACAACAACUACAACAAUCACAGUCCAGUAAUCCAACUUUCAAUUCCAGUUGUAAUAAUAGCACAAGUCUAUCAGUAAAUUUACCAGGGAGACUAGCUAUGCUAGGAAAAGAAGCUGUCCAACAGAGAGAAAAAGCUCAAAAGAUUGCUUAUCAAGCCUUGAGACAAUCUACGGCCACAGACAAUGUUGUUCGUUGCCUAAAGAUGUUUGCAAACUUGAGCAAAUCAGCAAAGGCAGAUGCACCAGCAACUUGUUUUGAUCAGUUCUUAGACUUCCAGAACCAAAUCACACAAGCACUUACUGAUAUGGUAUCCAUUCAAGCAGCAACUUCUACCACUGAAACAAAAUCAGACCCAAAAGAAGACAAUCCAAUCUUACACGAAAUAUCCCAUAAUUCGAUUGAUCGAUCCCACGAAAAUAACGAACCAAGUAGCACAUCUAAGAGAAGAUUAGCCUUGUACAAGUCUAUAGCAUCAUUUCCUGAAAAAAUGAAUGAAAUUCAGAAAUCAAGUAAUACUACUGGAAGGGUCUUAAGGUCACAUACUAAGACAUUUAAAAGAGAAAGUACUAAUAAUGUCGAAAACGAUGAAAAUAAGAACCCGGGCUUUGAUGCAGGGUGCUUAAGUAGUAUGAUCAAGUUGUGUAAACAGAUUGAAGGGGAAGCUGGGAAUUGGUUUAUGGAGUUCAUAGAGAAGGCAUUGGAAAUGGGGUUGAAGAAAUCAAAAGGCAAAGAGGAUGCUGAUGUUAGGAAAGUAUCUCAAGCACUUAUACUUAAGGUUAUUAAUUGGAUUGAGGUUGAGCAAAAUUCUAACAAGAGGGAAGUUCAUCCAAAGGCUUCUCAAAUUGCAAGGAAAUUGAGAAUUAAGGCUAAGAACCCUUGAAUUGGUGAAGUGUUUUUUGGCUGAAAUCUCCUAUGAUCAGGGUCUGUUGUCUUCCAUCACUUUUCAGACCCUAAGCACGUUUUCAUGAUCAGGAUAUACUUGGUAUGAUGAUGACGAUGAAUCGUUGAAUUGGUGGAGUUAAAAUAUGUUCUCAUGAUCACACCAUGUAAUUCAAUAUAUUGUUAUUGCGAAUAUAAUCAUGAUUCUUUGAUUUUUUUUAUGUCAUUUCAUUAGUAGGGUUAGUAUAUAUAAGUGGCUUAUGUGAUGAAUUUAAGAAGAGUCCUUAGUGUGUGUUUGUAAUAUGUACAAGAUCUAUGUGGGCAAGUAUUAGUAACUUGGGUUCCAAAUGAUUAUCUAUCAUCUAAGUUUUAGUUAGCAUUGAGCUCUUCUUAUGUAUACUAGGGGCAUUGAGCUUUUUGGCAAUAAUUAAUUAAAGCAUGUAUGAGUAUGGAAGACUAAUAAUGUCAUAAUUCUUGACAACUUAUUAAUAUUGUUUUUGUUAUACAGAGAGUAACAUGCUAAGAUAAGACAAUAAUGUAGACGGG